CCACUCUCGUCAGUGGUUGGAUGCUUCAUUUGUGACUUCGGGCAAGUUUGCGUGCUGUGCGCAAGAUGGCGGGAAAGUGUGGAUAGCUGGAGGAUUUCUUGGCAUCCGUGGCUUUUUCAGCAAACUAUACCCACCAAAAGGGCGUUUUAUUUCGGCAAGGUUAUUGUAGGGCCUUGGGGCCAAAAGGAGGACAGUAUGGAGUCAAACAAACUCUUUUCACCGGAGGUAGGGGCCCGACUUAGUGCAUAUAUCACAUCUGUGGACACAACUUCCAGUAUCGUCAAACUUUGGGCUCAAGUCGACCAAGAAAACGCCAUCAACCUAGAAAAUGCGAUGGAAAACCUGCAACAGUCUCUAGAAGCCAGUGACAAGUCCCUCAACUUCAACCAGUUGAAGGUAGGUGACCUUUGUUGUGCCAAAUUUGAGCAGGACGCGCGGUGGUACCGAGCUAGGGUCGUGUCCAAAUGCCCAGGGGACCGCUCAGUUACAGUACUCUUUGUCGACUAUGGGAAUAUCGAAGUUGUUGACAUCACGAAAACGACAGAAUGCCCAGCCGAGGUUGCUAGUAUCCCAGCGCAAGCUUCUGAGUGUAUCUGCACAGGAGUCGAAGCCGCGAAGGACGGCGUAUGGAGCCCAGAGGCGGCAUCUUUCCUUGCUGGACAGGCCGACACCGAGGUGUCAAUGAAAGUUGUCAAAGUCGUGCAUGACAAAAGCAUCGUAGUUGAAGCAUUCCAGGGGUCGGCGGAGGAUGGACAGGCACUUUCAGAGGUGCUAAUACAGAAGGGAUUUGCAUGUCGUAACACUAACGCACAACGGGGCCUCAAGACCGUCACAUUUCCUCCUGGUACUAAGGAGAGAAUCUACAUGUCACAUAUCAUAUCACCACAUCAGUUUUGGGUCCAGCUACACAGCUACAAAUAUGAUAUCACUGAGCUGAUGGAAGGCAUUUUGGCCCACAAAUAUGAAAUGGACAAACCAGCAUCACUUCUCCGUGAUAUCCAAACUGGCACCAUCUGUGCAGCAUUAGGAAGUGAUGACCCUAGCAAUGUGUACUAUAGAGGUAUCGUGAAGAGCAUUAUGGAUGAUAACACUGCAGAUGUGUACUUUGUGGACUAUGGGGACUCACAGAAGAUCCCACGCUCCAACAUCAAGUACCUCCCACCAGAGUUUGCUGUCCUGCCUAUGCAGGCUAUCGAAUGCACUCUGAAAGACAUCCAGCCAAACCCAGAGUGGACAGACGAAGUCAGGAACUACUUCGAAAUGGUGACUCUUGACAAAGAACUUGUAGGGGAAGUCGUUGGGAAAAGUUCAGAGGGAAAGCUGUAUGUUCAGCUGAAAGAGCGGAGAGGGGGGCUGACACUUGAUAUAAGAGAUAUGCUAAUCAAGGAAGGUUUUGCCAAAUCGAUCAAAGAAGACAGUGUACAUGGCUUCAAAGAGACAAAGCUGGAAUUCGGGAAGGAGUAUGAAAUGUAUGUUUCUGAUGCACAAGGUCCAGGAGACUUCACAUGCCAGCUUCCAGAGUCCCUUGACCAGAUUGACACAAUUGCAGAGGAGUUACAGAAUCUGUCACAAACUGCCAAGGAAGUGCCCAGUUGCGACAUCAAGCCUGGUAAAGCCUGCAUGGCCAAGUACAUUGAAGACGAUUGCUGGUACAGAGCUCAGGUGUUAUCUUCUUCCACCACAGGAGAAGUGAAAGUCAGGUUUGUCGACUUUGGCAACACAGAAACAGUUUCUGCAAACGCCCUCAAAGAGCUAAACCAAAGAAUGGCCGAGAUCCCAGCCCAGUCUAUCGAGUGUAGCCUUCCAAACAUAGGGUCGUCCUGCUCAAAGGAAGCCAAGGAAGAGUUUAAGAAGCUGGUCAUGGAUAAACCCUUGACAGGCAAAGUUGUCGUUAUCACAGGUGGGAAACACGUUCUGGAGCUGACUGAGAAGGGUACAGGUAGUCCUGUGAGCAUUGCUGAACAGAUGGCCAAGGCAGGGUUUACUCCAACUAAAACUCCCAGUUUGAGGAACGGAGCUGUCUCCUUAGAAAAAGACUGCGCACCAAGUCUGAAGCCUUCCUCUCCUACCAGUCCCAGACAUCAAGCCAGCAGGUUACAGUAUAAACCUCCUGCAUAUCCUCCUGGUAGUGUAUUGUCAGGCUAUGUCAUGUCUGUGAUCAACAUCGGAGAAUUCCACUGCAGCCCAGUACAAGAGACGGCUGAGCUGAUGGAACUGAUGGCCAAACUACACGAGCACUAUUCACGCCCUGAUGUGGAGCCACUGCGGGACCCCCGGCCAGGAGCCGUCUGCUGUGCACAGUUCAUGGAAGAUGAAGGCUGGUACAGAGCUGUGAUCCGUAAAGUAACAGACAGCGGAGUUCUGGUCAGAUAUGUGGACUACGGAAACACUGAAACCGUGGAGAUGUCAAGGGUGAAAGUUCUCAAACCAGAAUUCACUGACCUGCCUCCACAGUGUUUUGAAGCAUGCCUGAUAGAUAUCGUACCUACCAAGACAACCCUGGCUCCAGAGUUUACCAAACACUUUGUGGACUUCGUAAAAGAUCAGACUGUCCACAUGAAACUGUUCUCAAGAGACCAAGGUGGAAGGUACACAGUUGAACUUACUAAGGAUAACCAGACAGCAAGCAAAGUCAUGAAGGGUUUCAUGCGAGGUAGAGCCACGUCCCCUCCACCAGCACCAGGGAUCCGCAUGACUGACCUGGAGUUCAUCCAGCCUUUCGUACACGAGGACAUGUACCAGGACGUCUUUGUGACCGUUGCCGCCGACCCGGACGUGUUCUGGUGUCAGCUGCUGAGUUCUGCUGAAGAACUGAACACGCUGAUGGAGGACAUGAACAAACAUUACUCCCAACUCAACCAGGAGGAAGAAGCCUUACACACCUGUGGGUUAGGGGUGUCCUGUGUGGCUAAGUACUCCCUUGACGAGCAGUGGUACAGAGCUGUCAUCACUGGUGUAUGUAGAAGCGGAGAUGUGGAGGUAAAGUUUGUAGACUAUGGGAAUGUUGAGCUUGUGUCCAGGGCCAAUGUGAAAGCCAUCAAGUUGAAGUACAUGCAGCUGCCAGUUCAAGCCAUCCAGUGCUCCUUGCUGGGGGUGCUGUGCAAGAAUGACAUGUGGACAGAAAGACAGAUGCAGCAGUUUUCCCAGAUGGUGCUGGAGAAGGAGUUUGUUGCAGAAAUCAUCGCCAAGGAAGAGCUGGAGAAUCGGUACGAGAUUGAGCUGUUUGACCACAGAGGCAAGAAUGUCAACAACGAGUAUGGCCGAGUCACACAAACAUUGGUUUCCAGACGGGACCAUGUCAAGCCUCCACCCAAACAGUUGCCUUUGAUCCCCGCACCUGGAGCAGCAUUGACAGCUAUCUCCAAAGGGUACAUCUACUCGCAGCAGGCUGAGGUGAUAGAGAAGAAGGAAGCAAAGGAGAAUCCCACACCAAGUCCUUCCAAUCACACAGGCGAGGAGAGAUUGAUGCCGAAUGAGGAGUCUGAACAGCGAGCCGCAUCUGACAGUAGUGGAAGCACAGACUCUACUUCAAGCUCUGUCAGUCAGCAAAGUGCUUAUGUGACUGCACCAUCAACCCUUACAGCUGACAGUCGCUCCUCCAGUUGUAUUUCCCUGGCCAGUAGCACUUCAUCCAGGAAAGGUAGCCUUGACCCAAGUCAGCAUAUGGGAUUCAAUCAACUCCAAAUCAAGAAAGGCACCACAAUAGAGUUAGCCGUAACACACAUUGUCACUCCAAACCAGUUCUUCUCUCAACUGUUGCACGACUUCCAAGAAAUUGAGGACCUGUCUGAGAAGCUACAGCAGUUGUAUAAUACAGACGAGUUCAAAGAGGCUUUCAUCAGCGAUCCUGAAGUUGGUAUGCGAUGCUGUGCCCUGUACUCGGAGGAUUCCAUGUGGUAUAGGGCAGUCAUCACAGAUGUUCUGGACCAACAAGUUGAAGUGAAGUUCGUUGACUUCGGGAACACAGAGGUGUUGGAUACAACUGACAUUCGAGUACUUGACGAAGAGUUUUCUGUAGCACCUAGCUAUGCAACUGAGUGCAGUGUAGCACACAUCAAACCCACCUCAGGAGUAUGGAAUGCCAAAGCUAUUGAAAAGUUCUCCUCAUUGACCGAGGAUAAGACACUCGCUGGAAAGGUCAUCAGUGUAAGCACCCGUGGAAAGGCACUCUUGGAGCUGCGAGAUGUGGAGAAAGGGGAAGACCAGCCAUCUGUGAGCCAGGAGUUGGUCCAGGCAGGAUUUGCCAGGGAAGCCACGCCGUCUGUCUCCAGCCGAGGCAGCACUCCUGUAAGCAGCAAGGCAGGAACCCCCACAUCUAGUCGACCAGUGAGUCCAGCAGCUGUAGAUCAACCAACUGCUCCUCAGAAGUCAGCAGAGGCACCUGACAAAAUUGUGUACCAGGAACUCUCUUUCGCUGAUGGAAGCGUGCUUGAUGUGAUGGUUUCUCUCCUUGUCAGCCCAAGUGAGUUGUGGUGCCAGCCUGUUGAAAGCUAUGAUGGACUCAGCAAAUUGAUGGAAGACAUGGGAACCUAUUACAACAAGUCAGACGAUACCAAAGAUCACAUCGUAAACCCAGAAGUGGGUCAAGACUGCAUUGCACGGUUCUCAGAAGACAACGAGUGGUACCGUGCCAAGGUCACAAAAGUGACAGGUCGCGAGGUGGAAGUUAGAUUUGUGGACUAUGGCAACAGUGAAAAGAGGCUGGUUACUGACUUGAGGUUGUCUAAGCCGAGCUACUCAAAACUGCCACAGCAAGCUUUCAAGUGCUCACUGCAAGAGAAGAUGUUGCCUUACGACGGAGAGGCAUGGGGCAACAGAGCAUUCAGCCAUCUGCAACGUUUGGUGAUAGACAAGGAGCUCAAGUGCAUUGUCUCAAGCAAACAGACCAAGGAGGGUGUCUCCUUGUACUUCAUUGACUUGACGUGCAAACAGCACAUCAGUAUCACUCAGAAGAUGGUUGAGGCACAACUUGCAAGGCCUGCAACAAGCAAGCAAGAUACGGCACCUCCCAAGGACACAAGGAGAGAAGCAAGCAAGUUAGAAGCAGCACCUGCCAAAGACAUCAGGCGAGAAGCAAGCAAGUUAGGUGCGGAACCUGCCAAGGACAUCAAGAGAGAAGCAGCAUCUAACCCAUCAGUGCCACCAGACCCUGAGGUUAAGACUGGACUGUCAGGCAUAGCUGUUGUCUCCUAUGGAGAUGACCCACUGAAGUUCUGGUGCCAGAGGACGAGCCAGGGGUCCAAGCUGGAUGAACUGAUGGAUGCCAUCGAUGCUCACUGCUCAAGCGGGGAUGCAGAAGACGUAGGAAAGCUGAAGCCUGGACACGCAGUCAUAGCAAAGUACAGUGUUGACCAGGGCUGGUACAGAGCUGAAGUGAAAGAGGCAGUGUCACCGAGACAAUACAUCCUUCAGUUUAUGGACUAUGGAAACCAGGAGCAAGUCAGUAAGAGCAACAUGAGGAUCCUGAAACCAGAGUUUGCCCUCCUUCCCAAACAGGCCUUCCCCUGCUACCUAUCAAAAGUGGAGAAUGUCACACCUGAAGCCAAGGUCAAGUUUGCAGAGUUAACUGCCGAGGCCCAGCUGAAGCUCAUCGUAGUUGACAAGAAACAGGACAUCUAUGAAGUGGAGCUAGAAAACCCAGAAUCGGCCCUGCAGGUCAACAAAGAGAUCUUGAAGAUGGUAGCUACAGCAAACCCUCCAGCUGAGGACCCAAAAGCACAGCUGGAAGUGGAGAGAGAAAAAGGUCCAAGCAUGUCUACCUCCAACAAGAGUGAAACAACAUCACAGCUCCCCGCAUCAACAACUCCAAAGUACCCUCCUGUUGCAGUACAGGCAGGUGGUGCAGUGCCAGUGUACGUCAGUCACUGUGAGACACCAGCAAAGUUCUGGGUCCAGGUAGCCGACCAAGAGCCCCAGUUGAACAGUUUGAUGGAGGCAGUUGAGACAUCUGCUCAGGCUGGCAAGCCACUAGCUUCUACAACACAGCUCAGCCUUGGCGACCCAUGCUGUGCCCAGUUCUCAGAAGACAAUGGUUGGUACAGAGGGAGGAUCAUAGAUACAUCUGAAGAAGGAAAACUGGGAGUACAGUUUGUUGAUUAUGGAAACAAGGAGUCAGUACCCCUAGAGAAAGUCCAUGAGCUACCAGCUGAUUUGCCGAAGCAGCCACCAUUUGCAGUUGAAUGUCUGUUGGAUGAAACGAAACCGACUGGGUCAGACUGGUCCAGCGUAGCCAGUUCGUGGUUCAAAGAGGUGACAAUAGAGCGAGUUCUACAAGCAGAGUUCCUCAACUCAACAGAACCUGUCAGAGUGAAGCUGUCUGACGGAAGUGAAGAUAUCGGGAAAAACAUGGUUAAGAGAGGACAUGCUAUACAGGAGGAUACAGAAAUCAAGGCACAACCAUCUGAAGCAAGUCUAGACCGCCCGGUACAAGUAGCUGAAGUAUCUUCAGGACCUCUCCCUGUACUGAAGGAGGUUGACUUGUCUGAAGAAACCAAUACUGAAGUGUACGUGGCAGUGACAUUGUCUCCCUCCAACUUCUGGUGCCAACUUGCAAGUUCAACUUCAGAGCUAGACUCCCUGAUGGAAAAGAUCUGUGACCACUAUGCAGCCGACAACAAAGAAGAAAUGCUCAAAGACCCACAACAGGGUAUGUCAUGCAUAGCCCAGUUCUCUGAGGACAAAGGCUGGUAUAGAGCAAAAGUCAUGAAAGUUGAGGGGGACGGAGUUGAAGUGAUCUUUGUGGAUUAUGGCAACUCUGAGAAGGUGGACAGGUCACUGGUGAAGAUGAUCAAGCCACAAUUUACCGAGCUUCCUGUACAAGCCUUCCAGUGUAGUCUGGCAAAUAUAACUUCAACAAGCAGUGUUUGGGACAAUGACACCACAGCUAAGUUCACACAGUUGUGUACUUCUCAGGAGGAUGCAUAUGUCAUCAAAGUGUUGGGAAAAGACGGCAGUGGCCUUCAUACUGUGGAACUAGCUGCAAACAAGGAAGCACUGAAGACCGGUGAGACAGUUGGGAAACAGCUUGUAGCCGAGGGACUAGCCAAGCCGCUGCAGGACAUGAGUGGAGAUGCUACAGCCAUAGCAGCAGAAAGCAGUACCAAGCAACAGAAAGCAAGCAACUAUUACAAAACAGACAGUUUAAAGGCAGGAGACAGAGUAGAUGCCUACAUCUCGUUCAUGGACAAGUCCAACCACAUCUGGUGCCAGAAGGUUGAACAGUCAGAUGCCCUGGGAGAACUGAUGGACACUAUCGACACACACUGUUCCAACCUGAAGGAUGAGGAAGACGCCUUCAACAUGCCUCAAGAACAGACAGCAUGUCUGGCACAGUACAGCGAGGAUGGUGGAUGGUACAGAGCAAAGGUUAUUGAAGUAAAAGAAGGAUCAAUGGCAGUACAGUUUGUGGACUUCGGGAACACUGAGGAAGUCGCAUCGUCAAAAGUGAAACAGAUAAAGCCAGAGUUCUUGGAGUUACCAGAGUUGGCGUUUGAGUGUGUACUGAAGAACAUACCUGUGCCAUGGGAAGCACCUUUGGUGAAGCAAUUCUCUGACUUGACCAACGAUAAGGCACUUACAGUCGAUGUACAAGAUGUCAUCAAGCAAGACAAGAAGCAGGUGCUAGAAGUCAUUCUCCUUGAUGGGGAGCUGUCAGUCAAUGAAGAAUUGACACAAAAGAUUCAGAAGACAGCAGAAACAAAGGCCUAUAAGUUGGCAGAGAUAUCGGAGGGAGAGACCCACUCAGCCUACAUCAGUUCUGUGGUGGAUCCAACAAAGUUCUACAUACAAAUGGAAGGGACAGAAGAGGUGCUAGAAGGACUGAUGGAGAAAAUCCAGCACUGCGAACACUUGUCUACUCCAUCCUUAGACACCCUGCAAGCUGGCACUCCUGUAUUGGCCAUGUAUACUGUGGAUGACCAGUGGUACAGAGCACAGGUUCUCAGUGUUGAAGGAAGCACUGUGAAUGUGUUGUAUGUCGACUUUGGAAAUUCUGAAGCUGUUGGGUUGGAAAGGAUGAAGUAUAUUUCACCAGAGUUCCUGGAGACUCCACCACAAGCUGUUGAGUGUACACUGGGGAAGGAAGUCGCUGAUCUGCCAGAGGAUAUCACCACAAUCAUGCAGGGGUUGACUGAAGUCUUGACCAUCAAAUUCUUGCAUCAAGAAGUACAAAGAUGGGUGGUAGAAGUGUCCCAAGGUGAGACGUCUCUGAAAGACAUGGUGCCGAAAGUGGGAAAAGAAGACGUAGAAGAGACCACAGUGAAGACCUCCACACCAUCCAAGGAUGACAGUCUGCAAAGCGUGGACCCAGAAGUCUCUGCGAUCGAAAGUAUGCCCCAGCCAACAAAUUUUGUAUAUGCUGCUAAUGAUAUUGACGAGGGAGAACUUCAGGAGGGCUAUGUCUCCCACACCACCAACCCCAGCCUGUUCUUCGUCCAGCUCGCAACCUCUGCCGGGAAACUGGACACCCUGAUGAAAGAGAUAAACGAGGAAUACGGCAGCCUCGGUACGCUCGACCGAGAGAUCGCUGACAUCAAACCCGGUAUGCCGUGUAUCGUGCCGUUUUCCGAGGAGGGAGAGGAAGUGUGGUACAGGGGCAGGGUGCAGUUCACCAACCAUUCUGUCAGCGUCUACUACAUCGACUAUGGAAACGAAGCAGUCGUCCCAGCGGAGUGUGUGAAGAGCAUCCCACCAAAGUUCAUGACCCUGCCAGGUCAGGCCAUAGCCUGCACUCUGUCUGAUGUGUCGCCCGUGGAGGGUUCCUGGCCGGAGGGAACGAAUGAGAAGUUCAUGGAGCUCACAGAGGAGAGACAGCUGAUGGUGGAGUUCAACAAAAGGCAUGGAAGUGGCUGGAAUGUGCGGCUUCUCGAUGGGAAGGAAUCGAUCGGAGCGAAGCUCACCACAGAAGAGAUCAGCAAGGAGGAGAGUCAGCCUGUUGAGACGACGCCAGCUGUGAAACAGAACGAGACCCCAGACUCUGGGUUAGACGAGAGUCGUGAGACUGUUUCCUCAGAUGUGAAAGCUCAGGCAGAAAGCCAGGACACAGUGAUACCAGCCCUGCAGAUUGAGCCUGGGACAGAGGAGACGGUGUACUACCUGUGUGGGGAGUCACCAGACAACUUCUUCUGCCAGCUGGCCAGCGCAGAGGCACAGCAGACCAAACUGGCUGAGGACAUCGCUAACCUUUGUGCUGUUGCAGUGGAGCCGCUGUCAUCCCCCCAGGAAGGCCAGACUGCCCUGGCACAGUUCUCAGAGGAUGACCAGUGGUACAGAGCCGUCAUCACUGCUGUUACAGAGCAAGGGUGCCAUGUCAGGUUUGUGGACUAUGGGAAUGCAGAAGUUGUCCCCUGUGCCAAGCUGCGUCCCCUUCCACAGGAACUGGCCCAGGUACCUGGGCAGGCUGUAUCAUGUCGGCUAGCAGCACUGGGUCCUGUGGCAGACAAGUGGAGUGACCAGGCUAUCCAAGCCUUCCAAGACACCUGCAUAGAGAAAGAACUAAAGGCCAAGUUCGAUGGCAAAUAUGAUGACAAAUUUGACGUGGUUCUUUAUGACCCAAGUGAAACUGACGACAGCUCCAUUAACCAGAAGAUGGUCACCUUGGGGCAUGCAAAAGCUCUGACAAAACCUGACCUAGAGGAUGAGACACCAGCCCAGUACAAGAAGCCCCGUCUGUCCAAAGGUGAGGAGCUGGAUUUCUACUUCCUGAGUGCAGAAGACCCAGACAACAUGGUGCUACAGCUGGUCAAGUCUGAACAGGACCUCAACAACCUGGCAGAGAAGAUCAGCAACAUCUAUGACGGAUUAGCUGAGUCAGACCUGCAGUUCAGGGACAUCCUGCCAGGGUCAGUCUGCUGUGCAAAGUUCUCCGACGGUCUGUGGUACAGGGCAGAAGUGGUGUUCACCGAAAGUGACCAGGUGACUGUGUACUUUGUAGACUACGGGAACACAGAGACUGUGGACAGCAGUCAUGUCCGCAAACUGCGCUCCGAGCUGGCUGACCUCCCCACUCAGGCAGUGCACUGUGGAAUAAGCGGAAUCGAGGCGACCUCAGAAACGUGGACGUGCCAGGUGAAGGAAGCUCUGGAGGAGCUCUGCACUGGAGGCGUGGUCAGGGGCGUGGUCGCUGACAUGGAGGAUGAUGGGAAGGUUCUUCUGGGCAGCUGCACAGUGGAAGGUGUGGACCUAGUGCAGCAGCUGUUGGAUCGCAGGCUGGCUGCGAGGGAGGGGGAGGAGCCAGAAGGGAGUGAGCUGUCUUCUGAACCACAGGAUACUGGAAGUGAAGCUGUUUCGUCGUCAUCGCAAGACGAUGUGGAGUCUUGCACACCCUCUGAGACAGAAGUUAGCAUCCGAUUGGCAGCACGGCAGGUGAAAGCUGGUGACCAGCUGAACGUAGUGGUGACAAACGUGGUGACACCCGACCAUUUCUGGUGCCAAGAUGUGGAGGCUGACCUCCCAAGGAUAAAUGCCUACUGUGAGCUGUGCCAGGAGACUGUGCAGUCUCCAAAGGUGAAUGACCUCUGCUGUGCACUGUACAGUGAGGACCAGACCUGGUACCGAGCAAAGAUUCUGGAUGUUGUGAGCUCCAAGAUGCUGACUGUACAGUUCAUUGACUUUGGCAGUCUUGAGACUGUGAGCCCGGUCAAUACUCGCCCCUUGGAUGCUGAAAUGGCUGCCUUGCCUCCUUGUGCUUUGGAAUGUAGCAUGUCUGACAUACAGGGCAGGACAGCAGAUAAUGGUGGCUGGUCGUCAGAAGCUGUGUUGUUUUUUGAGGACCUUGUACAAGACAAAACCUUCCGUGUCCUGGUGGAUGAGGUGACACCAGAGGGGGCUGCUAAAGUGGAGCUGUACAGCGAGUGUGAGGAGAAGACAGUUUCUCAGCUCAUGGUGGUCUCAGGGCACGCCAGGAGGAAGGCAGGCAGUGUCCAGAGUGGCAGCAUGGACAGCCUGAGUGGUUAUACAGGCACCAGUACUGCUGAGUCGGCCAGCCCUGCUCCGGGAAGUGAGGCAGGAGAACAGAUGGAGAAAGAAGAAACGGUCCAACCAGAGAAAGAGUCACCAGACAUGUCAGCUGUUGUGGAACAGAUUGAACAGACAGUGGUGGCAGGCAUGAAGGAGACAGAGGAACAGGGCCCAGAUGUGAUAGGAGCUGAGGUUGAGCUGCAGAGCACAGCUGUAGCAGAUGCAGAUGUGGUGGUGGAACCAGCUGCAGAGGCAGGAGACUCUGAGCUUCAGGACCCAGCAGCAGUGGGAACUGAUGCGGAGCUGCAGAGUUCAGCUGCAACAGAUGCAGUUGAUGCCCAGAGCUCUGAGAUGGUGUCUGCUGACAACAUUGCGCAGACUCUGUCGGUACCCGUUCCAUCAGACACAACCCCCUCCUGUCAGACCCCCACCACCAACAGACCCUCCGUCUCCAGUUUCUACACCCCCAGUGGGGAGGUGUCCCUGUCCUUCGCCACAGACCGGGCAAUGUCCCCUUCUUCUGUCCUGGAGGUCACCGGAUCAGAGUGGACAACCUUUGAGGAGAUUAUUGUGUCCAGCCCUGAGAGUGGAUCACAGCAGGAAGACAGCACUGUGAGUUCUGCUGACAUCCUGAGUGAAGCUGCCCCUGCUGAGGAUGCAGAUGAAGAGCAGUCCUGUGUGCCUACUGCCCUCGACAUCAAGACUGCUAAGUCAGCUACAUCUGUAGAAAAUGGCUCAUUGAGUGAAAUGAAUGGCAUCACAGAUUCACCUGAGAGCAAAGAGAUAGGGAUGAGCAAGCAAGAAGUGCAUACCAAUGGUGAUGUGGAAACACUAGGAGAGCAGGUGUACCAAGUUUAAACCUGCCUAGAACCAGCAUACUUGAUAACUUGAUAAGGGACCAAUGAAAGUCAGCUCAGUUUUGUUGGCAUUUUGUUUAGAGAAAAAUUAGUUAAUACUAGGUACAAUCAUGCAAUAUACAGGGACUUGUAUUUUCUUGUAGUAGACUUGAGAAGAAUAGUGUAUUGUACCAUGCUGUUGUGACUUAUCAUCAUGAUAACACAGAAUUACUUUCUGGCUGACAGUUCACUUUCGUAAAGAUUGUAAAACAUAGGAAAUAUAUUUUUGAACAAGUUCUGAUGUAAGGUAGAGAUGUCAAAAUCUGUUUAUUUUUCUUACCAUUAAUACUUUUGUUAUGUAGGUUGGGAUGGUGCCAUGCACCUCUCUUUAGCUGCCAGAAGAUUGCACUUUAGAGGUUCAUUUUGACAUUUUUCAACAUCCACUGUAGAGUUGUUGUCAUUUGUGCCAUCAUUUAUGCAGACUAUUGUUCAGGAAACAAAUGAUGUACAACAACAGAGUCUUUCUAUUUUUGAAACUGCUUUUUAUAUGUCAAAUUUGCCAUCAUAUUACAUUAUACUGCCAAUCAACACUUAUACUACUCUUUAACACGUGAUU